AUGACGUGCACAGGCUGUACCAGAAAGGUCUCUAAUGUUCUCAAGAAUAUAGAUGCAGUGUCCUCCAUCAAAGUCACCUUUGUGACUGCGGUGGUUGAAUUCGAUCUCAACACUAAAGCCACGAACUUGGACCAACUGAUCCCACGCGUUGAGAAGGAGACCGGAUUCAAAUUUUCGAAAAUCACGAGCAACUUGCAAGCUUUAGACUUGAGGAUUGAUCCUGCUACUGCUUCAAUCGGCGAGGAGCUUCGAGCUAUGGCUGAAUCCAUUGAACAACUCGACAAGUGCACUUUUCGCAUCAGCUACGAUCCUACCACCAUUGGCGCAAGAACACUCUUGUCUUCUAUCAGGGGAGCAAGUCUUUCCCCGCCACAUGAUGAUGCCAAAUUAGCUGAGGGCAGACGCCGUCUUGUCACGAUGACUUGGUUCACGGUGCUGUCUGCAGUGUUGACGAUUCCAGUUGUUGUUCUGGCAUGGGCUCAUACACCUGUUCCCUAUUCAACGCGAUCGGCCAUCUCUCUAGUGCUUGCCACGCUUGUUCAAGCUCUCGCGAUUCCUGAAUUCUACACAGGCGCAAUCAAAUCGCUCAUCUACAGCCGAGUGCUGGAAAUGGAUAUGCUGAUCGUUAUCAGCAUCACAGCUGCCUAUGUCUAUUCAGUGGUGGCAUUCUCCCUGACACACGCCGGAUUCAGCUUGGAGGUUGGUGAAUUUUUCGAAACCAGUUCUCUGCUUAUCACGCUGGUCUUUCUUGGAAGGUUGGUGGCCGCCAUCGCGAAGGUCAAAGCAGUCUCUGCCGUUUCCUUGCGUUCACUCCAGGCGGAGAAGGCCUUUCUUGUUGAAUCUUCUGGGGGCACGACUGAGAUUGACUCAAGGCUGUUGCAAUUUGGCGACGUUUUUGUCAUACCUGCCCACAGUCGUGUCGUGACGGAUGGUUAUGUCAUUCAUGGGCAAAGCUCCGUUGAUGAGUCCAUGAUUACUGGUGAGAGUGUGCCGGUACCAAAAGCAAGCGGUGACAUGGUCAUCGCAGGUACUGUCAACGGGCCCAGUUCGCUUACCAUCCGCCUAACGCGUCUUCCCGGCAAGAACAGCAUUACAGAUAUCGUCAGCUUGGUUGAAAACGCCCUGGCAAGCAAACCACAUGUCCAGGACCUAGCUGACAAAGUGGCUAGCUAUUUUAUUCCAGUCGUCAUUACCAUCGCUCUUGUCACUUUCGCCAUUUGGAUGGCAAUAGCCGUGAAGGUUCGUGGCCAAGAUAUAGGUGGAGCUCUCGGCCUCGGAAUCACUUACGGCAUCGCCGUAAUGGCAAUAUCGUGUCCUUGUGCUUUGGGGCUUGCAGUUCCAAUGGUUCUGGUCAUUGCCGGUGGCGUUGCUGCGAAAAGUGGAGUCAUUAUCAAGCAAGCCGAAGCCAUCGAAAAAAGCUACAAAGUCACCGAUGUUGUUUUCGAUAAAACAGGUACGCUUACCGAGGGAGACUUGACUGUCGUCCACGAGCAGGUGUUUCCUCAUCUGAAUGUAGUUGAGAAUGAAGUGUUCGCACUCACCAAAGCCCUAACCAAGGAUAAUCAGCAUCCAGUGUCUCUGGCAGUCGCCAACCGCAUACAGGCGAAAGUUGCUACCUUGGACGACCUAAAACACACCGAGUCAAUUCCUGGUUCAGGGAUACGUGCUACGUGGAAAAACUCAGUGGUAAAAGCUGGCAAUCCUUACUGGUUGAGGGUUGAAGACCAGCCAGAAAUCGCAGCACUCAUCAACAACGGAAUGACCCUUCUUUGUGUGACGCUUGACAACGACCUCCUGGCUGCAUUUGGGCUGAAGAGUAAUCUCCGAGACGAAGCUACAUCGGUCAUCGCAAAUCUUCACCGCCAUAAUAUCGUAUGCCAUAUUGUGAGCGGCGAUAGUCCCAGGGUUGUUGAGGAGGUUGCGGGUACUGUUGGUAUCUCGGUACUGAACACGGCAGCACGCCGUUCUCCUGCCGAAAAACAGGAAUAUGUCAACGCGCUGAUGUCCUCUGGCAGAGUUGUGCUCUUCUGUGGCGAUGGAACCAAUGAUGCUGUUGCUGUUGCGCAGGCCGACGUGGGUGUCCAGAUUGGCACUGCAUCGGAUGUCACAAGAGCCACAGCCGACGUGGUAUUAUUGAAUGGUUUGGAUGGAGUGAUUGCUUUACUCGGCAUCUCUCAACGAUGCUUUCACAGGAUCGUCUUCAACUUUUUCUGGUCCGCGGUCUACAACAUUUUCGCAAUCUUACUCGCAGGAGGGGCGUUUGUCCACGUGCGUAUCCCACCGGCAUACGCUGGGCUUGGGGAAGUCGUGAGCGUCUUUCCCGUCAUUGCUGCUGCGUUGACCUUGUUGAGAGGAAGGUAA